CUUACGCCCAUCGACCUCACGCCACUGUACGACACUCUCCUCGCAUGAACCUCUGAUACACUACACGAACAUCGUCUUCUACUACACCCAACGACUAUGGCUGCAGCUGCUGGCCCCGCCUCCGCCGCGCAGGCGAUCGGGGAGUACCUGCAGUCUCCUGACGAUCUGGCCAAGGUCUCCGCAUACCGGAAGAAACUCGAGAAGGAGAAGGCCUCUAUAGACGCACGACUACGAACAGGAGUGAAGGAGCAGCUUACUGCGACGCGAGAAGGGCUCCGAAAGCUGCUGAACACGCGGAAGAAUGUGCAGACCAUCCGCGAUGAGAUGGUGCAGAUAGACCGGGAGUGCAACGAUCCCCAGAACCAUGUUGCAACAUUCGACCAGAUCAGCAGAGUGUCCAUGGUACACAGAAACUUCGAGCAGACGGAGGAGAUGGUGCAGAACCUCCUCGAGAUGAACUCGCGACUGGACAUGCUCGAGAACAUGCUCGAGGAGGACAGCCAGGACAUCCUCGGACCCGCCCCCAACCUCCUCGUCAUCCACUUCCAGCUCAAACAGCUCGAAGACUUCCGCAAUGAGACUAUGCACCAGGCGAAGAAGGCGUCGGCGCAGUCGCGUGCGACCCUCUCGCAGUGGUUCGAGCGCUUGAACGGCGUGAUCGACGCGUUCGACCAGUACAUCAUUGGCCUCGCGUCGAACGUGCUGAGCAUCGUGCGCGCGGGGAACCCGGACGUCGUCGUGAAGCUCAUCAAGAUCGCCGAGACGGAGGGCAGGGAGGACGAGAAGGCUAUCGCUAUCCGGCUGGUGAAGAAGGCCGCGAAGAUGGACGCCGCGUCGAAAUUCAAGUCGAUGCAAGCCAAUGCCCGUGUCAUCAAGCACUACCGGUCGAAAAUUAUGAAAGCCAUCUCGGACUCCAUUCAGGCGACCUUCAGCGACGCGUAUGAGCAGUACGCGAACGACCCCGUCGGUUUCUUGAACGACAUUGGUUGGAUGUACCAGGACAUCAUUCGCAUAGAAAGCGAUGUCGUGCCGUGCUUCCCGCCCAGCUACGAGGUGUACUCAUUCUACAUUCGCGAGUACCACAAAGCCCUUAACAACACCCUGAAGAGGCUUGUCGCCUCCGACCCCGGCGCCAGCGUCCUUCUCGAGCUCUUCAACUGGAUCAAGAGCUAUAAGGCCGACAUGAAGGAACUGAACAUCCCGCCAGAGCUGAUGGAGCCGCCACUCUUGGAUGGCAAGGAGCAGGACCUCAUCGAGGACUACGUCCAGCUCAUCAUCAAGAAGCUCGACGAGUGGUCCGCCAACCUGAUGAAGACCGAGGUCGGCGAGUUCACCACGCGCGCAGAGCCUCCAGAAAUCGACAGCGACGGCCUCUACGGCAUGCAGGGCGCGGUCAUCCUCUUCCAAAUGGUCAACCAGCAGAUCGACCUCGCUACGGAGAGUGGCCAGGGCGCGAUUCUCGCGCGUGUCGUCGCGGAGACGAAUCGCGUGAUGCGAGGGAUCCAGGAGACGUGGGUGCGCACCGUUGAGGCCGAGUUCAAGAAGCAGACGGAGAAGCCGGAGGAGGUUGCAUCUGGUCUGAUGGAGUACUGCAUCGCGCUCGCCAACGACCAAAUCAAGAGCGCGGACUACACGGAGGCGCUGCUCGCGCGCGUCGAGCCCUUGGUAUCCGAGAAGUACCGAGUGCCGAUCAGCGAGCACUUGAACAGCGCGUUCGACGGGUACCUCGAUGUCGCGCGGAAGUGCACGCAGACGCUCAUCGACAUGAUGUUCAACGACUUGCGGCCGGCGACGAAGACCCUGUUCCAGCAGGCCUGGUACGAGGGCGACGUCAUGGCGCAGAUCGUGGCUACAUUGCGAGACUACAUGGAGGACUUCCAGUCCUACCUGAACCCAUCCUUACUCGACCUCCUGAUCGACGACCUCAUCGAAUCCUUCCUCGUUACCUACCUCACCGCGCUCGCGAACGCCUCGAAGCUCAAGAUGCCCAGCGCGGCAAACAAGAUCGGGGACGACAUCGAGGCGGUGUUCUCGUUCUUCUCCGGGUACAAGAAGCGUGAGGAGCUCGAGGCGGCGUUCGAUAUCAUGAACCUCGUGCUCGCGAUGCUCGAGGCAUCGAAGGACCUCAUCUUCUUGUCGUUCUUCGAGUUCGCGAAGAUACACGGGCCGAACCUGCAGUUCGUGGAGGGAUUGGUGAAGGCACGGAACGACCUGGACCGCUCGGCGGUGAGCGAGGUCAUGGACAGCAUCAAGCGGAAAGCGAACUCAGAAGAUCUGACAGAACCACCUGCACCUACGAUAAUGAAGAAGAUCUCUGUCCAGAGUAGCUUCUCCCGCUUCCUUCAGCGCGCCACGUAGGCGUGCGGAAGUACGCCGUGGCUGCGCGCUGCCCAUAUCACACUGCAUGCCAGGCGCGGUCUUCGCCAGCUUGUACCAUCAUCGCAUUGUAUCCUUAUUUGCACUAUUCACGAUCGAUUCACGACUUUGGAAAGGA